CGGCCUCGCCGCUGGGAACCUCUGUGCACUCGACCUUUUUUCAUUCCCAAAGCACCCGCACCACAGAGAAACACAGACAUGGCUCGUCGCGCAGCACCAGCAAACGCAACACCUGCAUUCUUUACAGCACCUCCACGCCGUCAAAUCUCUGAUCCAAACGAGUCUGCUUUCUCCCGCUUCAUUCGAGAGCAAAUCACUUCUCCAGAAAAAUUACCCGGGAACAUCAGCAUCAUGACGGGAGUUAGUGUGUUUGCGGCUGGCAUAUUUGUCGCCAGGACAUGGGGAGACAUGUUGGUACCUGCAUGAGCAAGGCAGAGACAAAAAGCAGGAUGAGUUUGGCGGUGUUCUCCUGCAGUGGCCGUCACUACCCCCAAAAUGGCUUGAAAGCUGUUGACACAUCAUGUUGUACCUGCAUAUCUCCACCUUGAUCCGUCCAUGACCGAACGUAAUAGCUAGCUCACCCAUAAUUUCAUCCAGUCUUAGAUGGUUGGAUAGGUUGUUCCCAAUGCAUAUUGCCGUUUAUUGUGAUUGCGUCCCAUCAGGUCAUCUGAAU